UACAUAGACAUGUACAUACACACACACAGAAACAUGUACACACACAUACAGACACAUGUAUACACACACAGGCACAUACAGACACAAAUACACACGCACAGACACAUUACAUACACACAGACACAUGUACGUACAUACACACAAACACACACACACAUACAUGUACAUACAUGCAGACACAUGUACAUACACACAGACAUGCAUACACAGACACACACACACACCCUAUAUAAAGUUGCAGUACUUCGUUAACUCACAGAGCCGGGUACUGCACUCUAGGGGGAGGCAGAGAGCACAGCACACACUCCUUCCUUUGCUUUCACUGCGCUCAGCUAUUGAGCAGUCUCACGGCUCCCAGUGCCAAUGACAGAUCCAGCCUGAGCUCCGAGCCUGCUCAGCAAGACGGCCCUGGGGGACACACUCACCCCCACCAUAAUCUCCACUCGCCAUUGGCGAGCAGGCGAGUGGAAAUUUCAAGGCCUGGUAUA